GUAUCUUCUUCGCCACAUCUCAGUAUAACCACCCAACUCCCCCAAAAAUCUUACUCAUCUCCUCCUUCCUAAUACUUUUAUUACUCAGCUUUUCACUUUGAAAGGCAAAGAAACAGUUAAAUAAAAAACUUUAUGUCUCUUGAACUUUACUUGAGAUUAUACUGUCUAGUCUCAGUUUGUUUUCCAAAAAGACAAGCAGCUUUGAUUUAGGCAUUAUUUGUCUCUUCCCUUCCUUCUACUCUCAAAGGAAAUCCAAGAUAAUCACAAAAACAUCCACCACUUAUUUUCUAUACUGCCAUCUUUCAUUCCCCAUCAUAAAAGUCACAAAACCAACAUAUUCUUCAGAGAAAGAAUUGUUUGAUCUUGUGAUGACCAUCUCCUUUAAUUUCUGGUUCCAUUUUCAGUACUAGAAUUGGCAUUGAUCACUGCAACUCAAUUUUGCAUAACAAGAACCAUCAUAGUUGUUUCAGUUCAUAUGUCCUACUUUUUUCUGCUGUAAUACAAGAAUCGGAUUUGGACUAUGGAAUUCUUUUAUCGUACAGAGCGGCUAAUUCCUAAUACUCAUUAUGUUCCGCCAACUAACAACGAAAGCAAUUCAUUUCAUGGUUACUCCAAGGAAGCAAGUUUUGACACCACCAUGAUAAUUAUCCUAGCAGCUCUGCUCUGUGCAUUAAUAUGCGCACUUGGUCUAAAUUCAAUUAUCAGGUGUGCCUUCAGAUGUAGCCGCAGAUUUUCUUUCGAGUCAGCAGAUGCGCGGGCUGAACGCUUAGCUGCAACAGGGCUGAAGAAGAGCACGUUGAGGCGAAUUCCGGUGGCUGUUUAUGGAUCAGGAGUUAAUAUUAUGGCCACGGAUUGUCCAAUUUGUCUUGGUGAAUUUAUGGACGGUGAGAAAGUGAGAGUCUUGCCUAGAUGUCACCAUGGGUUUCAUGUUAGGUGCAUAGACAUUUGGUUGGCUUCGCACUCUUCUUGCCCAACUUGUAGGCAAUCAUUGCUUGUACAACCUGAGACGACAUCCUCUGAUGAUGCAGGGGGUGUGGAAGCUGGAUUGAGACAACCUGGAACUGCACCAAGUGGACUUGUGGGUGUUCCUGACGAAUCUAGAAUUUAAACUUUAUGAGUUCAACAUUUAACGUUUUUACCGCUGAAUCCAUAAAAAAAUUUAAAUUAUGGGUUCAAAUUUUGAUAUUUGUUGACAUUUUAGUGAUUUUUCAUACACACACAUAUAUAUAUAUAUUUGUAUUCUUAAAGUUAUGGGUUCAAUUGGACUAAUUAAAUCCAUUGUUCCAUCAGCAGGGUAAGCUUAUGCGUACCUCGACAAUUUCGCCGGAUUGUUUCUACCUUCCAUUAACACAUGUAUCAGUAUUUUGGCCUCCCUAAACGCAUAUGCUAGACUAAUAGCCCGUUCGGCCAAACUUCU